GUUGCAGGUGAAUCUGAGACUCCGCCCAGUGAGCGCUGCCCCUCCCCCCCCGACCACGAGUACGCCCGGCCGUCCUCGCCAGCGGAGGGCGGAGUCUCAGCACGGCGCAGCAGGAAGCAGCACGGCGGCCGGCGGGACAGAGCCGGGGCCUGCGAGCCUGCGCCCCCCCGGCAGUGUCCGCACUGCCAGAUGCUGUUUCCAAACGCAGAGCGGCUCGCCGACCACGAGAGGAAGUCCCACCCGCUGUGCUCCGUGUGCGGGGCGGCGUUCACCGGCGUCCUGAGGCUCCGCGAGCACGAGAUCAAAGAGCACGGGCUGCUGCCGUACGCCUGCGACUACUGCCCCAAGAGGUUCAACCACAAAGCGCACCGCGACCUGCACGUGAAGGCGCGGCACACCGGCGAGAAGACCUGCCGCUGCGACAUCUGCGGGAAGGGCUACUCCUGCGUCAGCGUGCUGAAGACGCACCGCAUGACGCACUUCGACAAGACCUUCAUCUGCGACGUCUGCGGGAAGAGCUUCUACCACGCCUGCCACCUGACGCGCCACAAGCUGGUGCACCAGGACGUCCGGCCGUACCGCUGCUCCACCUGCGGGAAGGGCUUCACGCAGGCCGCCAACCUGCGCAGCCACCAGGCCGUCCACACCGGAGAGCGGCAGCUGUGCUCCGUCUGCGGCAAGAGCUACCGCUGCCUGAAGAACCACGUCAUCAGCAAGCACUCGCACGAGCUCCCCGCCGACCAGCUGCCCGCCACAGACGCCGUCGUCGCCUGCGAGGCGUGCGGCAAGAAGUUUCUCAACCCGUCGCAGCUCCGAGUCCACCAGAGGAGCCACACCGGGGAGAAACCGUUCCACUGCGACGUCUGCGGGAAGAGCUACCGGCUGAAGGAGCUGCUGAGGGACCACCGGUACACGCACACCGGGGAGAAACCGUACCGCUGCUCGCUCUGCUCCAAGACCUUCAACCUGGCCGCCAGCUUCAUGAGGCACCGCAGCAUCCACAGCGGGGAGACGCCGCACAGCUGCCUCGCCUGCGGGAAACACUUCCGCCUGCUCACCUUCCUCAAGGCUCACCUGCAGACCAAAGCUCACCUGAGGCAGACGCAGCAGAGGCAGAGCGCCGGCUCCGACCUCUGACCUCCGACCUCCGACCUCCGACCUUCCUUUACACUGUACAGCCAAAAGUCUGUGGACAGUAUUGUGUUGAUCUUUGUCUGACUGAAGCUCUGUGGCGCACUGACACUCUUCCAGUCACAGAAACAACCGACUGAAUGAUUGAUCCCUCUGAUGAUUAAUAAAAAAUAUUGAUUGAAA